GAGGAGAAAAGACUCCAGAUUUUCUGGUGAGAAGCGAAGAAAAUAGUAAACUAAGUCUUUGUCCGUUGCUUCUUCUGUUUCCCAGUCUUAGGUUUAAGUUGAAGAUCACAGUCCACGAAACCAUAGACAGAGUCACAAGCAUAUUGGAAACAAACAGCUACACCCUGCAGACAUGGUGAGAACCCCUUGUUGCGACAAAAAUGGUCUCAAAAAAGGAUCAUGGACACAGGAGGAAGACAAGAAGUUGAUCGCUUAUGUUACCAGGUAUGGCCACUGGAAUUGGCGCCUGCUCCCCAAGUAUGCAGGUCUUGCAAGGUGUGGAAAGAGUUGCAGACUGAGAUGGCUGAACUACCUAAGGCCAGAUGUGAAAAGAGGGAAUUUUAGUGAUGAGGAAGAAGAAACCAUUGUGAGACUUCACGGAAAGCUUGGUAAUAGGUGGUCAACAAUUGCUGCUGAAUUGCCAGGGAGGAGUGAUAACGAGAUAAAAAACCACUGGCACACCGUCCUCAAGAAGCGAUUUCAACAAAAUUCUGUUGGAACAGAAGCCGUUAUUUCCGAGUCACUGGAGACCUUAUCAGAGAACUACAGUGACCUCAACACAACAAGCGAUACUUCUGUUGCUGCUUCGGCUGCAGCAGCAACCGCCACAAAUGAUGAAAGUUAUGAUGGUCUUUCUGGUUUGGAUGCAUACACGGAGCCUCUGUCUGUAGAUUUCUGGACAGAACCUUAUUUAGUUGACAACUCCUAUGUCCCACCCGAGUCGGAACCCGUUUACUUCAGUCCUAUGUACGAAGUUGAAAUUUGGAACCAGAAUGAGCUGUUCCUACAGGAAUGUGAGGGUUUAUUCCAAUGGUGAGAAGGUUUGCGGUGCCAUAUGGGACUAUUCUACCCUGUUUAUACUCCUUAUGUGUGAUCAUGUGUGAUUGUAACUAUAUUUGGUGACCACAAUAAGAUAAGGAACAGUGGUGCGUAAAUACUUUACUUCAACAUCUCCACGGUUGAUUUAGAUCCAUGUACAGAGAGAUUGGGUUUGUAUUUGAU